AUGGGUGCGGAGGCGAGUCGCCCCGCGCCCCGCGCGCUCGUCGACGCGGUCGAAGCGCUCGGCGGCGCGACCUCCGCGGAGGUGCUGGAACUCGUCGACGCGUUCGCCCGCGCUCCCCCCGCCCCCGUCACCGCCGACGACGUCGCGGCGCUGUCGAGAUCAUCGCGCCGUCUGCGCACCGCGGCGGAGGUUGCGGACGCGUUCGACUUACCCGAGCGCGUCGCGGCGGUGCUGUUGCGACGCGUACCCUCCGUCGAUGACGCCACGGGCGGCGGCGACGGCGGCGACGCGGUCCCGCCCGCGGGGAUCUCCCUCGCCGACGCCCUCGUGCACCUGGCGAGCUGCCGAAACAGCGACGCCGCCGCGGUCGAGGAGGCGGACGCGUUGCUGCGCGCGGGCGCGCUCGUCGACCUCGCGAAGAUGGCGACGACGGCGACGACGGCGGACGGCGACGACAACGAGGAGGAGGAGGAGGUCGACGCGCGCGCGCCGCCCUUGGCCGCGCUGCGAACGAUGUCGCGCGCGCGGAUGCCCGGCGCGGCGGAAAGGUUCCCGAGCCUCCCCGCGACGGCCAGGUCGCUCCUCCUCCGGUCCGCGCGCGCGUCCCUCGCGCCGCGCCUGCGCGACGCCGCGGGCGCCCCGCUGACGACGAACCCCAUCGGAGGAGGACGCCGCCGGAGGAGGAGUCGCGACGUCCUUACCCGCGCGGGCGCGUGGCUGCUCGCCGCUUCGAUACCGAGCAGCCAACGAAAAACGUGGCGAAGAGUGUUCAGCUCCGUGGACGACGGCGCCGGCUUUAGCACCUUCGUCUCGCGAAUCACCGCCGACACAACCCGCGGGCCGGUGCUGGUGUGCGUCAGGACCAAGUGCGGGGACGUGCUCGGCGGGUACGUCUCGCUCGGGGAUCCGUCUUCGUCGGUUCGAGGGGACAGAGCGGAGUUUCAAGGCGAUGCGGGAACCUUCGUCUUUGCGUUUGGCAAAGCGUCCAGAAAAGUUAACAACGACGAGGGAGGGGGGGGCGAGGGAGGGGGCGAGGUCGACGACGACGCGGACGCGUCUGAUGCAGAUGCGUCGGACGAUUCGUGGACGCGCGUCGGGGUGUACGCGUCCACGGGCGCCAACGCCGACCACGUGUGGUGCGCGUCCGGGUUCAGCUCCGAUCGGUUCCCGAACGGCUUCGGCUUUGGCGGCGUCGCCAAUCGACCGGGCGGGGGAAGGUCGGCGAUUUGGAUCGACGGAAACCUCGAGCGCGGGCGGUGCGUGCCGGGGAUCGCCACGUUCGCGGCGCCGAUGCUCGCGGGGUGUUCCGGGGUGUUCGAGAGAGAGGAGGAACGCCGUGGAUCCGGGGUUCGUUCGUUCUCUGGGGGGAACCACACAAAUGAUGAUGACGAUUGGGGCGUCGGGUGGUUUGAAAUUGACGCCGUGGAGGCUUGGGCGACGUCGGGGGGAACGAACGACAACGACAAACGUCCCAAUCGGGGGGAUCGGGGCGGGGGCGUUCGCGACGCGAAACACGCGGAGCUGCGAAUGAUGAUGCGGCUCGGUGGACGCGACGCGGGGGGACCCGCGAGGGAGGAACGAUGA